UGUAAUUAUUACAAUCCGGUCUUAAAUUGGCGACGCAGAGCUCGAUCUGAAAUCGCACGGACUCGUCACUCUCCAGACAGGGAAGCUGGCUUUCAGUCCGACGAAGCGAGCGAUGGCGGAGCUCCGCCACUCGACCUCCAUGGGCGGCCGCGCCGUAUCCUCCCCGAGGAAGCGAGACGACGUCCUGUCCCCAUUGGAGCCGGAAAACCUCCCCGACCACGACGGCGGCGGCCGCGAUCGCCAUCCCAGAGAUCGGUUCCGAUCACUCCUGUCCAGUUUCCAAUGCUCCAAGAUCUCACUUUUCAGCGACGAUAGUAGGUUCCACCCGUACAACUCCAGGAUCUCGCUCUUUCUGCUCCUCUUCGUCCUCGUCGCCGGAUUGAUUUCCGUUUUCUCUAUCCUCAAUCGACUGAAUGCCCCAUACUUGUGCAGAAAAGAUGGCAUUGUUCUUCGCUGUCCGCGAGUUAAGGAGUCUCCCUCACUCUGGGAGAAUCCUUAUUCAGCCACCACGUCAUGGAAGUCUUGUGCUGAGCGACAUAGUGGUGUAAUAUCAGAUCUUCCACCCGAAAAUGAAACAAAUGGGUAUAUAUUUAUACAUGCUGAGGGUGGUCUAAACCAGCAACGUAUUGCUAUAUGCAAUGCUGUUGCCGUUGCCAAAAUAAUGAAUGCCACCCUCAUUAUGCCAGUGUUAAAGCAAGAUCAGAUCUGGAAAGACCAAACGAAAUUUGAAGACAUAUUUGAUGUGGAUCAUUUCAUUGACUACUUGAAGGAUGAUGUGAGAAUUGUUCGUGAUAUCCCUGAGUGGUUUAUUGACAAAUCAGAGCUGUUCACAAGUAUAAGACGGACGGUAAAAAAUAUUCCAAAAUAUGCUCCAGCACAAUUCUACAUUGAUAAUGUUUUGCCCCGGAUCAAGGAGAAGAAGAUAAUGGCCUUGAAACCUUUUGUUGAUCGACUUGGGUAUGACAAUGUUCCUCAAGAAAUCAACAGGCUGAGGUGCAGGGUAAACUAUCAUGCCCUGAAGUUUCUUCCUGAGAUUGAACAGAUGGCUGAUCUUCUUGCAUCAAGAAUGAGAAACCGCACAGCAAGUCCAAACCCUUACAUGGCUCUUCACCUUAGAUUUGAAAAAGGGAUGGUAGGCCUAUCAUUUUGUGAUUUUGUGGGAACAAGGGAGGAAAAAGCUCUAAUGGCCUUGUAUAGACAGAAAGAAUGGCCUCGACGGUAUAAGAACGGAUCCCACCUGUGGUCGCUGGCGCUACAGAAGCGGAAGGAAGGACGAUGUCCUCUUGAGCCUGGAGAAGUGGCAGUGAUUCUCAGGGCUAUGGGUUAUCCUAAAGAAACGCAAAUUUACGUUGCUUCCGGGCAGGUUUAUGGUGGACAGAACCGCAUGGCACCACUCAGGAACAUGUUCCCAAAUCUUGUGACAAAGGAGGAGUUAGCAAGCAAGGAAGAGCUGGAUGGCUUCCGGAAGCACGUGACAAGUUUGGCAGCCCUCGACUUCUUGGUCUGCUUGAAGUCCGAUGUGUUUGUGAUGACCCAUGGCGGUAACUUUGCGAAACUGAUAAUUGGGGCCCGGAGGUACAUGGGUCACCGCCUGAAGUCCAUAAAACCGGACAAGGGGCUCAUGUCUAAAUCUUUGGGGGACCCAUACAUGGGCUGGGCGACCUUUGUGGAAGAUGUCGUCGUAACCCACCAGACACGGACUGGAUUGCCCGAAGAAACGUUUCCUAAUUAUGACCUCUGGGAAAACCCUUUGACUCCUUGCAUGUGUAGAGCCUAACCUUACAAUUGACUUUGAAGAUUUACUCUGAGAAUUAGUCUGUGGAGCAUUUGCUUUAAGAGCUUCAGCUUCAGCGUCUGAAAAAGAUUUGUAAGUCACUCUUCCCAUAUGUCAUAUACAAAUUUAGGUCAGUGAAGAUAUUGGGAAAUUGUGUAGUUGUAAGUACAGAGGCUGGUAGGAGGGGGUUUGGAUGCCACCAGGUCUGAUGCUCCCUUCUCCUUUGGAUGGAGGGAUACUGGAAAUUUUUGUAUCCUUAGAAUUAGCUCAUUUGUAGUUGUGGUUUAUCGAUGAUUACUGUAAAUUAUGAGUUACGGCGAAAUGUGCAUUAUGUCGCUUGUAAUUUUAUAAUCUAAACCCGCUGUUGACCCAA